GCAAAUGAAACAUCGGUCGAAGCUGUUAAAGCCUAAUCUCGUUAUAUACUACUUGAGUGUCUGGGAAUAGUAAUAGUCGUAUGUUCAAACUUACGUAUGUAUAUACAUACCUAGUGCCUAAAGGAUAUAUUCAUUUGCAAUAAUGUACGAAUACGGUGAUUCCUCAGUUUUGAAUUCCAACAACGGAGAUAAAACGGUACCGAAUGUUAUGUUUGAUAACACGAUGCCGAGUUUAGGCAAAAUGGAGGUUCAGGAAGGAGCAAAUUUAAAUAUGGCGAGCUCAGUAACAAUAGAAGGAGGCCCACAGCAAACUCUGCCUAUGUACGCCAUUGAUGGCACUGUUCAACAAUUCGAAAUACCUGAUCCAGUCCUUCGACGGACCUUUGCUCGUAAGGUUUUCAUUACUCUGCUACUUCAACAUAUAAUUACUUUGCCAAUUAUUGAAAUUUUCAUUGUCUGCUUUGAUCCAAUUUCUCAUCCGGUUAUUCAAGGAGUUCGCGGAGUAUUUUUUUGCAUUCUAGUUGGACUUUAUUUUUUUAGUGACAUGCGGAGAUAUCCACCCAUGAAUAUUGUCGUAUUUGUUAUUGUAACAUUACUAACAGCCAUUGAAGGAGGUGUUAUAGCAACUUGGAUACAUUCUCAACUAGCCAUAUUUCCUCAUCUGAUAGUCAUCGUACAACUUUUAGCUACAGUUGGCUAUUCCGAGCAAACUCGAUAUAAAUUUACCGUUGUGAACGCUAUUUUGUUGGUUCUUCUGGUGUCAUUGGCUGGCCAUUAUCUGACGGAGAUCGUAUAUUCCUCAUUUUCAUUUACUGAGAUUGCAUACGCCCUUCUCUCUCUCACGACAUAUAAAACAGCGUAUAUAAUCUACGAUAUGCAUCUAAUGCUGAGUGGUCAUCAUGGCUAUAAUCUUCAACCAAACGAAUAUAUAUUCGCUUCUACUAACAUUUACGCAGAUAUUCCAAACCUUUUUUGGCGGAUGUUGAAAUUUUUCCUUAUCACACCUUUAAUCAAAAUGUACGAAUUUCUAGCAGGCUGCUGUUUUGCCGAAGUGUUCUAGAUUUUUAUUUGGAAUGCAAUUUAGGUAAAAAAUUCUCAUGGUAAAAAUUUUCCCAUAAUAAAAGAUAAAUUAAAUGGUAAUAAUAAAAUACUUGAAAGCUUCUGAUAUUAUUAAAGCAUUGCUUUUUCGUUUAUUUGGCGACCCAAAUUAAAGAAAAUGGAA